UCCGUUCCGGGGCGCGGGGCGAGGGACCCCCAAGGUAGAGGGAGGGGGUCCCAGCCGCAGCGACACAUGCUGGAGCCGGGAGCGGGGGCGGCGCCGAGCGGAGCCGGCCGGGUCCCCCACCUCGCCGCCGCCUCGGCCACCCGCCCGGGGCCGUAGCAUCUUGCCCCGGAGUGUAUGAGCCGGGACCCCAAGCCCGGCAACCACCCCCCGACCGGGGGGGCGGGGACCCCGAUGUGAAGCGGAGGCCGGGGCGGCGGGGACAGCAGGACCGGCGCCGCCGUCCUUUCCUUCCCUGCCCCCUCCCCUCCGCCCCCUCGGGGGUCUUCUUUCUCGUCCAGUCGCCGGCCCCCCGGCUCCUCGGCAGGACUCCGGGAGGAGUUCUUAGAGCCCCCUCCCCCGCCCCAGCCCCGAGGGCGGCGGGGCCGGGGGGGACCCGGGGGGCCGGCCGCAGCCUCCGCCCAGAAGAAACUUUUCAAAAACAAAAUCCGGAGCCUCCCAAACGUGACUGUCUGGGGAGAAGUGGCCCGGGACGGGCAGAAGACCCAGCCUGAAGAGACCCAGGAAGAGGAAAAGAGGAGGUAAGCGGGGCCGCCGCCUCGUCUGCUCCGGCGGCGCGGAAGAGACCCGGGUGGCCGCCGGCUUAGCGAUCCCAGCCCCGCUUCUUCCUCAGUAACGCGCCGGAGCCUGCCGCAGCUGCCGCCUGAGUCCCGAGGAGGAAGGGAAGCACCCCACUUUCUCAGCGCCCGGCUCUUCUCUAAAGUGAUUACUUCCUUAGGAUAGAUUGCCAGAAGUGGAGUGACUGGGUCAGAGGAAUGUGAAAACCUUUGCAUCUUCUGAUAGUCUAGCCAAGGUCCAAGAAGUAGCAAGCUGGCUUUUGGAAAUGAAUCAGGAACUGCUCUCUGUGGGCAGCAAAAGACGACGAACUGGAGGCUCUCUGAGAGGUAACCCUUCCUCAAGCCAGGCAGAUGAGGAGCAGAUGAACCGCGUGGUGGAGGAGGGACAGCGGCAGCAGCUGAGACAACAGGAGGAGGAGCACCCUGCAAGGAAUGGUGAAGUCGCUGGCGCGGAACCUAGACCUGGGCGCCAGAGUGAUUCCCAGCAAGGACAACUGGAAGAAAACAAUAACCGGUUUAUUUCAGUAGAUGAGGACGCCUCGGGAAACCAAGAGGAACAAGAGGAAGACGAAGAACAUGCUGGUGAACAAGAUGAGGAGGAUGAAGAGGAAGAGGAAAUGGACCAGGAGAGUGAUGAUUUUGAUCAGUCUGAUGACAGCAGCAGAGAAGAUGAACAUACACAUAGUAACAGUGUCACAAACUCUAGUAGUGUCGCGGACCUGCCUAUUCACCACCUCUCCUCCCCGUUCUAUAGGCCGCUGAGCCUGCACAAAGUCCAGUAUCCCUGA